CUUAGCCGCGCGGUACUGCAGCGCGAAUUUUUCGCGCCUCGAGGCAUAGCGUUGACGCUGCGGAGGAGUUCGGUGUGUUGGGGUGGCCAGUGAUCGAAGAACUCCCGUGAUCCCAUUCUUGAACCGGGCGCUUCCCGACAUCAGCGGCCAUGGGUAUCUGCAGCUCCUCGUGCUGCGGAGGGAAAUCCCGCGAUGCCCUUUACGAGAAUGUCCUCGCCGAGAACGAGCGGGAAGCUAUUGCCGACCUUCUGCAGUACCUUGAACAUCGUGCCGAGACCGAUUUCUUCUCGGGUGAACCGCUCCGAGCUCUCAGCAUCCUCGUCUAUUCUAAUAACAUCGACCUCCAACGGAGCGCGAGCUUGACUUUCGCCGAGAUCACGGAACGAGAUGUCCGGGCCGUGGACCGCGAUACACUGGAGCCCAUUCUCUUCCUCCUGGAAAACCCGGACAUCGAGGUGCAACGUGCAGCUAGCGCCGCCCUGGGAAAUCUCGCGGUGAAUACGGAGAACAAGGUCCUCAUCGUCCAGUUGGGUGGUUUACAGCCCCUGAUCAAGCAGAUGACGUCGCCGAACGUCGAGGUCCAGUGCAACGCCGUCGGCUGCAUUACGAAUCUGGCAACUCACGAGGACAAUAAGGCCAAGAUCGCCAGGUCGGGAGCCCUGGUCCCGCUGACCCGGUUGGCCAAGUCUAAGGACAUGAGAGUUCAGAGGAAUGCUACCGGCGCUCUUCUCAACAUGACGCACUCUGACGAGAACCGACAGCAGCUCGUUAACGCCAACGCUAUUCCCGUGCUUGUACAGCUCCUGUCGUCUCUUGACGUGGACGUGCAGUACUACUGUACCACGGCCUUGAGCAACAUUGCCGUCGACGCCGUCAACAGGCGGAAACUGGCCGAGACAGAACCCCGUCUUGUCCAGCAUUUGGUCAAUCUGACGGAAUCCCCGUCGCCGAAGGUGCAGUGCCAAGCUGCCCUGGCGCUUCGAAAUCUUGCGUCCGACGAGAAGUAUCAGCUCGAGAUCGUCCAUGCCGGCGGACUUGGACCCCUUCUCCGCCUCCUUCGGUCCUCUUAUCUCCCGCUCAUCCUCUCCGCCGUUGCCUGCAUCCGGAAUAUCUCGAUCCAUCCUCAGAACGAGUCGCCGAUAAUCGAGGCUGGCUUCCUGAAACCCCUGGUCGAUCUACUCGGGUCAACAGACAACGAGGAAAUCCAGUGCCACGCCAUCUCGACGUUGCGCAACCUGGCAGCAAGCUCUGACCGGAAUAAGUCACUCGUUCUCGAGGCGGGCGCGGUUCAGAAGUGCAAGCAGCUUGUACUGGAGGUGCCUGUCACGGUGCAGUCCGAGAUGACAGCCGCGAUUGCGGUUCUUGCCUUGAGCGACGAGCUCAAGACACACCUUCUGGAGCUAGGCGUCUUCGAGGUCCUAAUCCCCCUCACCAAGUCACCCAGCGUCGAGGUUCAAGGCAACAGUGCCGCUGCGCUGGGCAAUCUCUCGUCGAAAGUGGGCGACUAUAGCAUCUUCGUUCAGAACUGGUUGGAGCCGAGCGACGGUAUCCACGGCUACCUUAGCCGGUUCCUUGCCAGUGGAGAUGCCACAUUCCAGCACAUUGCGAUUUGGACGUUGCUCCAGCUGCUCGAGUCGGAGGACAAGAAGCUCAUCGGCCUUAUUGGGAAAUCCGAUAGCAUUGUCGACAUGAUCAAACACAUCGCCAACCGGCAAAUGGAAUCGGACAACGAAGCCGAAGACGAUGACGAGGGAGAGGUGGUCAACUUGGCCCAACGCUGUCUUGAGUUGUUGGGGCAGGGUGCCUCUAAAAGCCACAUCGAGGGCUGAUACUAAUCCCCAGUUGAUGAAGAGAAUGUGGGCCUUCUCACCCUCCAUACCUGUGUUUUCGUCGUUAUCUGCUUUGGCUCGUCCUUUUGUUGCGCAUCG